CAGAGGGGUGACCAGUCCUCUUCUGGCUGUGCCGGGUGAAAUAUUAAGACCUAUUGGAAUAAUUAAUAAAUGCCUAUGUUCUAAUUGACAUCACUUAUUACACACAAUGUUGUAUUUUGAGAAGUUACAUCAAACAUACAUGGCUAUUAAUCAGUUCCAUAGUGAUUGUGUUGGCUUAUAUUUACCAAAUUAGGCUUGGGGUUGUGGUAUAUGUCACUAUACCAUUGGUAAGGACUGUUCUUAGGAACGGUGCAGAGUGCCUGGUUACAUUCCUCAGCCACAGUAUAUUGUCUCCACUAACCCCUGCUUUGCCAUGUCACAAUUAUGAACUGGUUAACAAUGAAAUUAUAACAAAAAUGUUGUCGGUAUACCUCAGCUGUAGCCAGUCAACAUUAUUAAUUAAAAGUAACGUUUUAUAAAGGAUCCUCCCGGGUUGCGUUGUGUUUAACAGCCCAUAGCCACGGUAUAUUGACCCUAUAUUCUACACCUCUGGCCUUCAUUGCUUAAAUAUAGGCCACCUCCAGUCUUUAAUGUUAGACCGCAGAUGCUGCACCUCGCGUGAAGGUCCGACACACCACAGGCUUUGGUUAGAGAAGCGUUAAUUACUUUUGAUCUGAAAAGUUGUGACGUUCGCUUAGUACGCCGGGUCAAUAGUUUCCGAUACGCCGCUUCUAGUCUAUAUGGGGAAACCGGUAGCAAUGUCAAUCAACCAGUUGACACGGACUGGGAGUGUGGUAGAAGUGGGUGGGCUUUGCUGGAGGGGCCAGAACCGUGCUGUGCGCAUUUUUUAAAGGAUGCAGAUGUCAGACCUUAAUUCAUCUUCGAAAGUCUACAGUGCAAGGAGAUCGUUAUAGGCUACCACAGUUCUAUGAUGAGCAUCGAGAUACCUGUCGGCUUGACGGACUUGCUGCAAGGAUACACUGUGGAGGUACUAAGACACAGACCGCCUGACUUGGUUGAAUUCGCAAUUCAGUAUUUCAAGCGUCUACAAGAGACCAGAAAACACGACAAUCAUGUCAAAAAGAGCCCGGUCAAAUCUGCACGAAAAGCAGUAGCGUUUGACAGUAACUCGGUUGAAUCGAAUGAAGAUGAAAAUGAGGAUUCAGAAGACGACUAUAGGCCUCCUCCGACUCCCAAUAAAUAUAGUCGCAGGGUAUCUGUCUGUGCAGAGGCGUACAACCCGGACGACGAUGAAGACGAGGACUUUGAGCCACGGGUGGUACACCCCAAAUCCGACGAGCAGCGUCGCAGACUCCAGGAUGCCUGCAGAGAUACUCUACUGUUCAAAACCCUUGACCAGGAACAGUUCUCAGAGGUGUUGGAUGGCAUGUUCGAGGUGUUGGUCAAACCACAAGAGCACAUCAUCGAUCAGGGGGAUGAUGGAGAUAACUUCUACGUCAUAGAGAGGGGUGUAUAUGAUAUUAUCGUGCUGAUAAAUGGAGUUAACAAGUGUGUUGGAAAGUAUGACAACAAGGGCAGUUUUGGGGAGCUGGCUCUCAUGUACAAUACACCGCGCGCUGCCACCAUUGUGGCUACCCAGGAGGGGGCACUGUGGGGACUGGAUCGGGCCACAUUUCAUAGACUCAUAGUAAAAAACAAUGCCAAGAAGAGGAAGAUGUACGAGGCUUUCAUUGAGUGUGUACCCCUUCUAAAGUCUCUCGAGCUCACUGAGAGGAUGAAGAUUGUCGAUGUGGUUGGAAUGAAAGCGUUCAAAGAUGGGGAGCGCAUCAUAACCCAGGGGGAUGAGGCAGAUUGCUUCUACAUCGUAGAGUCCGGGGAGGUCAAGAUCAUGAUAAUAAGCAAAACCAAGGCAGGGCAGCAGGACAACGCUGAGGUGGAGAUUGCCCGCUGUUCCCGGGGCCAGUACUUCGGAGAGCUGGCUCUGGUCACCAACAAGCCACGCGCAGCCUCCGUCUACGCUGUGGGAGAAACCAAGUGCUUGGUAAUAGACAUUCAGGCGUUUGAACGCUUGCUGGGAUCCUGUAAGGAGAUUAUGAAGAGGAACAUCUCCCAAUACGAGGAUCAACUGGUGGCCCUGUUUGGUUCUAGUGUAGAUUUAAAACGUUAAAGUCUGGUCUCUCUAAGGAAUGUCACUCCAACACAACCCCACACAAACACUCACUAUUGCCUACACACAAACAGAUGGACAGACUUACUAGUAGUUUUAUAUGCUUUAUACAAUCUACACACAACAUAUUUGUUGAAAUAUAAUUGUAUACUGUACAUUAUUUAAACUGUUGCUAUGUCACAUCUAUUUUUUAUACAUGUAGCCAAUAUACUAGUAUUUUCAUUUGACUAGUAUUGUGAAAACAUGAGGUUCACGAAGUAGGCUUAGUACUUUGUCCAUGUGUUACCCUAAAUGAUAAUUAUAGCCCAAUACAGCUUGCUUCAAUGUGAUAUUUUUAAAUUAUGUACAGUUAUGAUCAAAUAUUAACAUGCCCUUUGCUUUUAUAUGGAAAGACUGGUUUAAUCUGCAGAUGCUGAGAUCUAAUAAAUGUUAUCCCAGAUGAAAGGAUUGCUGUGAGAAAGCUCAAAUUACUUUCAAAUUCCAAACAUCAUCUCAGACGAACAACAAAAAUAAACAUCCUAAUAAAAUGAGCUCACGACUAA